UGUUAUGACAACGAGGUGAUUGAAAGGAAGAAGGAAUGGAAGAAAUACGUUAAGGUUGGGUGUGUACCGGAAAGUUGAAAAAAAAACUUAUAAAGAAAGGAGUACAAAGCGGAAUAAGUUGUUCUAAAUGCAUGAGUAAUUAGUUUUAUUUUUGCUAUUAGAUCUGCUAAAUUAUCAUAGCUGUCUGAUGAGAUGGGGAAGUUGUUAUCCAAGAUAUUUGGAAAUAAGGAGAUGAGAAUUUUAAUGUUAGGACUUGAUGCAGCUGGAAAGACUACAAUUCUUUAUAAAUUAAAAUUAGGUCAAUCAGUAACAACCAUUCCAACAGUAGGAUUUAAUGUAGAAACUGUAACUUAUAAAAAUGUAAAGUUUAAUGUUUGGGAUGUAGGUGGCCAAGAUAAAAUCAGACCAUUAUGGAGGCAUUAUUACACAGGAACUCAAGGAUUAAUAUUUGUCGUUGACUGUGCAGACAGAGACAGGAUUGAUGAAGCCAGACAAGAAUUGCAUAGGAUAAUUAAUGAUAGAGAGAUGAGAGAUGCUAUAAUAUUGGUAUUUGCUAAUAAACAAGAUCUACCAGAUGCAAUGAAGCCUCAUGAAAUUCAAGAAAAGUUAGGACUCACUCGAAUAAGGGAUCGUAACUGGUAUGUUCAGCCGUCUUGUGCAACCACUGGAGAUGGCCUAUACGAAGGACUAACAUGGUUAACAUCCAAUCACAAGUCCUGAAGACAAUCUGACAUUAUGUUACAUAUUCACCAUGUGAAUCUUGUUUUUCCCUUAGUCCCAAUUCCUUGUUUUUUCACAGCUUCAUCUUAUCAUUCAUACAAUAUGUAUUUCGAACCAUUCGGGUUCACCGUCUUCCCGCUUUCCAGAAGGCACGUGGCUUUGCCGGGGUGGAAGAGUCGUCUUCGUCCGGGUCGAUGCGGAGCGGCGGGCGAACGGAACAUUACCUCAGAGGAUCGCACGCGCCCGCCGUCGACAUCAUUCUGUAUAUAGUACGUCGGUAUUUGUCCACCAGGAAAAUAACAAAGUAUGACGGAUCACAUCUAAUUCUAAGUAACGAAUACUAGCUGUGGUCUGCAUGUUGUAUGUAUGAAUUUAUGCAUACAUGAUUCCAUUUAAUUGUCACUCAUCUUGACCAAGUUAUAUUUCGUUUUGUUAAAAAGAAGUCUUAUUAUGUUUUAUUUUUUGAAUUUGUUUAUUUAAGUCUACCCCGAUAGCCAAGAUAAACAUUUAGAACCAAUUUAGAAACUCCGUGGCAGCUUGUGUUGUCGCCGUUUUUCUUCGGCAUCUAGUUGACUUUCGAACACAAGUACAUAAUAUGAAACAGCAAGUGAUAUCCAGGAAAAAAACUGGACCAAUUAGUAAGACUUUAGUUGACAGUUGAUAAAUAUAAAUAAUCUAAUUAGAAGCAACACAUAUGUCUAGUGCGCUUGCAAUAUAAAUUGGUCAUUUUUAUCUGGCUGUAGCUGUGCAAUAUAUCAUUUUGGUAAACCAAAUAAGUUUUGAUGCUUCAAAAUGUUUAUUUAUAUAUAUAUAAAUAUAAUAUACAUAAAUAUAUAUUAAUGGGUACUUUACCUCUAUUGUUGACUCUUCACAAAUGCGUUUUAGUUCCAAAUACUGAAUGUGAUAACAGCACUAAUAAUGAUAAAUGUUCUUUCCUACGUCCACCUUUGUUACUCCAUUUCUUUAUAACACUCUAGCCAGAAAAUUUUCUUGAUGUGAUGGAUCAAAAAAAUUUUGUUUAUGAAAAAACAUUAUUUGAUGGUUGUUAGCAAAGACUAUUGAUAACUUACAGUAAUUAUUAUUGGUUGGGAAACUUUGUAUAGCUGUCGAUAAAAACGUUAAUUAAAAAAAACUGGAAAUA